CCAAUGCUGUACAGCUGCAGCACCGUUCCACCUCAUCUUAUAAUUCUUGAGACCUAUUUGAUCAUUUAACUAAUAUUUAGGAAUCACUUUUAGUACAUAAAUAUUUAGUCUCAUGACAAGACAAACUGACAGAAGAACAUGGUUCUGUACUUUUUCAUGGAUUAUUUUCAUUUUAAUUGGGGCGACCUUCGAUGUUUCCGAUGACAGCGGACUGACCACCACCAUCGAGUCCCUCCCACUCUCAAUUUCCCACAAUACACCGCGGUGCUCUACACUGCCUAGCUGCUUGUUUCGUGUCAAAUUCAAGAUGGCGCUUCACCGCUUGUCCAUGCUGCCUUCCGCGGUCAACUUGGCUCUACGCAGGAACAUCGGCCUCUCAGCUGUGCUCUUGAACCCGGCCAAAGAGCUGGACCCCGUGCAGAAACUGUUUCUGGACAAGAUCCGAGACUACAACACGAAGAGCAAGGCUUCCGGUGGUGUUGUGGAUGCAGGACCUGCAUAUCAGAAGAACUUGUCCGAGGAGGUUUCCAAACUCGAGAGGUUAUAUGGUGGGGGAGACCUUUCCAAAUUCCCUGACUUUAAAUUCCAAGACCCCAAGCUUGAUGAAGUGGCCAAGUGAAUGCUGAUCUUGUAAAUCACCAAUGUAUUAUAUUUAAUAAAAAAUAAAGUGGUUGAACCUUU